AGACUUCGUGAUCCGUGAAGUCUUUUACCCCAAAAACUUUAACAUAAUUAAGAUUUAUAUAAAAAGAUUUACGCAUUUUCUCUUUCUAAAAUGCUGCAACAACAAUAUAAUAUUUUUUUCUUUAACUCUCUAAUCUAUUUAAAAUUGAAGACACCAAACUUUGUAUCAAUUGCUUAUGAUCUAUUUGUCUCAUCUUUUUCUUACAAUUUUUAUCGUUUUUACAAAUUUUUCAUUACGCGGUUUUCAUAUCCUCCUCCUAGGAAGUAGAUCUAUAGAUUUUACAUGAGUAUUUUUUGUGUGUUAGAUUUGAACAAAACUAUAAAUUCGACUUAAUGUGAUUGUUUCACAGGCUUCUUCAGAAAGUCACCUAAUCCUAAACUCUAAAAUCAAAUAAUUGAACUAAGUAUCAGUAAACCCUUCACUACAACAUAAAAUCACCUUUUAAAGUGUUUAAUGUAUACACAAUUGAACACUUAUACAUUAAAUUAACAUUUCAAAAGAUAUUUAAUAUAUAAUCCAAAUCUAAUCCUGAAAAUACAAUAUUAACUUUUUAUUACAGGAUUCGUAAUUUUUUUAUAUUGACAAUAUUUAAUUUGUUUUCCACUAAAUUAUUUUCCAACUUUUAUAAUUUAAAAAUAAAAUUAAGGUCAUAAAUAUAUUUCUUCUCAGAAAUUUCCUAAAGAAAUUUUCUCACAAGAUUCAUUGUUUCGUGUAGAUUUUUAAGGGUAUAAUCGUCAAAACACUAGAUCAUUAAUCUCAAACACUAAACCCUUGGAUAAAUCCUAAACCUAAAAGAUUGAGGGUUUACUCAAGAGUUCAUGGUAGUAUUUAGGAUUUAGGGUUUAGUGUUUUGUUGACGAUGUCAAAAAUAUUAAAAAGUAAUUUGGCAGAUAUUACUAUUUUUUAUUUUUUUACUUCUUUAUUUUAAAAACAUAAUAUAACUUAGCAAAUUCUUAUUAUUUUGUUUCUUUAAAAAAAAAUAUGGAAUGUGAAAAAAACAAAGGGGUAAACACAAGAAAAUUUCCUAUAUAUAUGGUUAACUAGUCAAGUAUAUGUCCCCACUCCUCCAUUGCUACAAAAAGUUUACAUAACAAAAAAGAAACAUUAUAAGAAAGAGAACAUCUCAACAACAUAAUAUCCCCUAAAUUUGAUAAUAGCAAUAUAUACACAAGUCAGCUUCAGGAUGAGCCAGCGUGUUCCAAACUACCACAUCGAUGAUACCCCGGCGCCGGCCACCGUCCGCUCCACUAAUGCUGCAGAUAUCCCCAUGCUAGACUAUGGGGUAGCCGAGCUGACGUGGGAGAACGGGCAACUAGGGUUGCACGGCGUAUGUCCACCGCGGGUGCCUGCUCCGUCAAAAUACUCCACUGGCGCCGGUGGAACGUUGGAGUCAAUAGUGGACCAAGCUACUCGCUUCCCUAACCCUAAGCCCACCGAUGAGCUCGUCCCAUCGUUCCACCACCGCUAUUCCAGGGUCGGCAUGGACGCGCUUGUCCCCGAGCAGCAGAGCCAGCCCGCCACCGGCGUGGGCUCGUGUAGCGAUGGUCAUCCCAUGAAUGGUGGGAAACGAUCCAGAGUGGCGCCCGAGUGGAGCGCGAGCGGGAGCCAGCGCCUGACCAUUGACACCUACGGCUUCACCUCAACAUCGCUGGAUGAUAACUCCAGCUCCGGCGGGAAGCCUUUCACCAAAACCACCAACAUCGAUGAUCAUGACUCCGUCUGCCACAGCCGCCCACAGGUGGAGGAAGAAGAAGAAGAGAAGCACACGGGAGGAAAAUCAUCAGCUUCAACUAAGAGAAGCAGAGCCGCUGCUAUUCACAACCAAUCCGAACGUAAGAGGAGAGAUAAGAUCAAUCAAAGGAUGAAGACGUUGCAGAAACUAGUUCCCAAUUCCAGCAAGACGGAUAAAGCGUCCAUGUUGGAUGAAGUGAUAGAGUACUUGAAGCAACUCCAAGCACAAGUGUGCAUGAUGAGCAGAAUGAACAUGCCCUCCAUGAUGCUUCCCAUGGCCAUGCAGCAGCAACAACAACAACUUCAACUAAAUCUCAUGUCCAGUUCCAUGGGCUUAGGGCUUCGCAUGGGGAUGCCCGGUCUAGGUCUUGUCGACCUUAGUUCUAUGAACCGAGCUGCUACUGCAACGGCUCCUAAUAUCCAUGCCAACAUGAUGCAGAACCCAUUCGUGCCCAUGACUUCUACAUCAUGGGAUGCCUCCUCUUCCACUGACCCUCGAUUUCAGUCUCCUCUUAUCCCCGAUCCUAUGUCAGCCUUUCUUGCAUGCUCCUCGCAGCCAACGACGAUGGAAGCAUAUAGUAGGAUGGCUGCGUUAUAUCAGCAAAUGCAGCAACAACUUCCUCCUUCAAAUCCAAAAUGAUAUAUUAUUUCGACCUUACGUCUACAUAUGUGUAAUACAUAUUGACAAUAAAUGCAUAUUCCAUUGUAUUUUAAUUUGUAUGUAUAUGCUACACAUGACUAUGAUUUACCUUUCAAAGCCCCUAAAAAGGAUCAGGUUGUAUCUGAAUAUCAUCCGAGAUUCGAAUUUGUAACCUCACUCUAGACCCAUAAGCGACGCGCUACUUCUUUUUUGAUAAGUGGUGGUUUCAGUAUCCUUACAGUUAGGGUUGGAUAUUUUAUCCGUUAAAUUUGAUUCGAUUUAUUAUUUA